AUGGAUCCUAAUCAUUUUCAUUAUCAACAAGCUAUGUUCAAUUACAUGCAAAAUAAUCAAAAUCCUAAUUCUCAAAAUGCUCAAAUUCCAUCAGUGUCAACAAACCCCGCCAUAUUUUUUAUGUCACCAAACAAUCCAAAUAUGUUUCCUAGCCCUCAAGUGAAUUCUAAUAGUAUGGAAUUUUUUCGUCAUGAACCGGAAAUACCGAUUGGAUUUAUGUCUGGUUGUCAACUUCCACCCUUUUCUACUCAAGUUGGUGUUGAAAAAGAAAAAAGGGUUGACGUUAAAAAAAAAUCUCGAGAGCAAUUUACAAGGGAUGAGGAUAUACUUCUUAUCCAAUCAUGGCUCAAUGUUUCAAAGGAUCCAAUUGUGGGAGUUAAUCAAAAGGCUGAGAGUUUUUGGGUAAGAGUCGCUGCCAAUUAUAACCAGUACCAUGGACAAUCGCGGGAAAAGGAUCAAUGUACAACAUUCAAUCUUGAGUACGCAUGGAGACUAUUAAAAUAUGAACCUAAAUGGAUGGGAGAAUUUAUUGGAAGUUCUUCAAAAAUAACAAAGACUUCCACUAGUGGGGCAUCAUCGGAGAACCCAGAUACACAUUCAAGUUAUGAGUUUAACUCAUCAUCACCAAUGGAGCGUCCAAUGGGACAAAAAGCAGCAAAAAGGAAGGGUAAGACAAAUAAUAUUCCAACUGCAACGGAAGAUGCAAGGAAUAAAAGAACAACGACAAUGGAAAGACUAGCGCAAUGUAAGGAGGACGAGAUAGAAGUAAAGGUAAUGCAAAUCAUGAUGAAAGACACUUCUACUAUGAGCGAUAGUCAACGAGAUAUUCAUGAAAAAUAUUGUAAUAAGAUAAAAAAAAAUAUGGAAUGUAGUUAG